AUGUCAGAUAGUUUUAUGCCGUCUAUGUCAAUAAUUUCAGAAAAUAUUACAAAUGAAAGUAGUAAAUUUCCUUUAGAAGCUUUUCAACCAGACCUACCCAUAGUAUCAAAAAAUACAGAAACUUUAUCGGAUUCUUCUUUCACAUCUGAAAAUAUGGAGAUACUUCAACCUAAUUCAACUUCAGUACUCAAAUAUACAGAACAAGAUCAACAUUUUGAUUCUUUGAACUUUAAUAAUUAUAUGAAAAGACCAAAUCAUAGAAAAAAAAAUAAAUUUGUGGAUAAUAUGGAUCUUACUCAAUUUGAGGACAGUAUUAGCAUUGAGUAUAAUGAUGAAAACAUUGAAUACGAAACAAAUUUCUUAGCUACAAAUUUUCCUAUUCACAUUGAAUCAGAUCCAAAUGAUAUAUUGUAUCAAAAUUUUACAAAAUUUUUUGUAUGUCCGAACUGUCAUAAACUCUUCUGGACACAAGAAUAUAUAACCGAAUUUUGUCAAUCAAAUUGUACUUGUGGAGCAGAACUCAAAAAACCUGUUCGUACACCUAAAGGGAAAACAUUAUAUAAACCGAUUAAAAUAUAUUCUUACCAUUCAAUUAUUUUACAUCUUAAAAAAAUUCUUUUGCUUCCAGAAAUAGAAGAAGCAUUAGAAUCUUGUUAUAAACGUUCAUUGCAACCAAAUGAUUUGCUUUCUGACGUAUACGAUGGUCGUGUUUGGCAUACAUUUAAAGAUAAUGAUGAGACUGCUUUUUUUGUUGGAAAUUUAGCUGAAGGAAGACUAGGAUUUUUUCUUAAUAUUGAUUGGUUUAAUCCAUAUAAGCAUUCACCAAUAUCUGUUGGAGCUAUUUAUUUAACUAUUUUAAAUUUUCCAAGACAUAUGCGAUAUCAGACUAAAAAUGUUUUUUUAGUUGAUCUAAUUCCAGGACCUCAUGAACCUUCGGUUACUGAAAUUCAUAAAUAUAUUGAACCAAUUGCUUAUGAAUUAGACAAACUAUGGAGUAGAGUUACAAUUAAAACUACAAAAUAUCCUAAUGGCCGGCUUUUUCAUGGUGCUUUAAUACUUAUUGCAUGUGAUACACCAGCGGCUCGCAAAAUAUCAGGAUUUGCAGGACAUUCUUCUAAGCAUGGGUGUUAUAGAUGUACCAAAAAGUUUCCAACAUUUCCAAGUAAUCAUUCAAAAAGUGGAAAAGUAAAUUUUUCUGGGUUUAAUCAAGAAUUUCCUCAUCUUAAUAAUGUUACACAUAAAAAAUUAUCUAAUAAUUGGUUCAAUGAAAAUAACCAAGGCAGAAAAGAUAUUACUACUGAAGUUAUGGUUUUUAUAUAUGAGGAAAUUACAAGCAAUAUAGUUGCAUCAACUUUAUUAAAAAAAUUUCUGGAUUCAAUUAAUCACUCAUUCAGAAUAUUUUGUAAUUCUAUUUCAUUAGAAGGCACAUUGGCUAAAUACUUAAUACCCGUAGAAGAUGUUCUAAAUCUUUAUAAUAUGUCAACUAAAAUUCUUGAACAAAACAUUACUGGUGCCAAAUCAUUCCCUGAAAAGUUUCUUAAACCUAUAUAUUUUUCACAAUUAGAUGAUAUUACAACUCGGUAUCUUGCACAAUUUUAUAACAAAGUUUAUGCUCAAAACCGACGAACAUUAUCUUUUACUGCAUCUUGUGAUUAUGUUUCAAGCUCCCAUUCAAUUUUUGUAACAUCUGCAAUUGAGCAAACUGGAACUAUAUAUAUUGGAUAUAAGAAGUUUGGUUCUAUUUCUUCACGAUCAGACUCGAAUUCAUAUAUAAUUGCAGCUUUUGUUGAUGAAAAAAAAAUCAAAACUAGGAAAGAAUAUAAAAUAUAUCACUGGCCUGGAAAAGUAUUAUAUUAUUUUAAACAUCAAGUACAAGUUCCAAAAGAAGUUACUAUGGAAAAUAAUAUAGAUUUUGAAACAGCGAAGCAUUGGUUUGCUUUUUUUGAUGAAGGUGGACGUGCUCAUGCUGGAAUGUUUUGUGCUGAAUUGUGGGAAAAUAGCUUUUAUAAAUGUUCAGUUGAAAAUAUUCUUCCUGUUCAAAGAAUAUUUUAUAGAUUUUUUAAAGUAGAUUACAAAUUACAUCGAUCAACUAAAUAUAUUGCAGUUAUUCCAAUUAAUAAAAAACUAGGAUUUUAA